AUGUGUGUACCAAGGAUAUUUUAUAAAGAUUGCUUAGAUUUACUUGAAAAGUCUAUGGGUAUAGAAUGUGUUGCUGGACGUGAUCGUGUUGAUUGCUUAGAAUUAAUUGAAAAUAAUAAAGCUGAUGUUGUAGCUCUUGAACCGGAAGAUAUUUAUUAUGCUUCAACAAUGAAUGCUAGUAAUUUGAGAGUUAUUGCUGAAUUUCGUUUCGAUUGGUCUAGAAAUGAUGAAUUUGAGGACGAAGAUGUAAUUUUAAUUAGGAAAACAUUGAAAAUAAACAGUUUCGAAGAUUUUAAGGGAUUAAAAUCAUGUCAUCCAGGUUAUGAUGCACCCUUUGGCUACAAGGUAUUUUCAUUUCUAACAAUGCCAAAAUUAGAGAGAGAACUGGAAGCAAUAUCAGAAUUUUUUUGGCAUUCGUGUAUUCCCGGUACUUAUUCUAAUGAUAGAAUAUAUGAUCAAGAUUUAAAAAGUAGAUUUCUUAAUUUAUGUAAACUUUGUAAUAAUCCUAUUGAUUGCUCAAAUAAUGACAAAUAUGCAUCUUAUGAUGGUGCCAUAAAUUGUUUACAUGAUGGUUAUGGUGAUAUCGCAUUUACUAGAAUGAGCUCAGUAAAACAGUUUUUCAAUAUUAAACCCGAAAAUUAUAUUAUUUUUGAAACUGGAAAAAAUUAUAUGAAUGAAUACGAAUAUUUCUGUGAAGAUGGAACUCGUAAACCAGUUAAUAGUUCUGGUUGUUCAUUAUAUAAAAGACCAUAUAGAGCUUAUAUUAGUAAUGCUGAUAUAGUUAAUAAUAAAGAUUUAUUAAAUUAUCUACAAACAAAUUUGACUAGAUUUUUUAAAAAUGGUUUGGUAAAUGCAAAUGUUAAUGUUGGUAAAAAUCUUUUAAUUGACAAUGGAAUGGUAUUAUAUCAAAAAUAUGAUGAUGAUGUUACACCAAAUGAAUAUAUAUCAGAUUUUAGAUAUUUUAUGGAAUUAAAUGAUAUACCAUCUGAAAGAAUAAGAUUAUGUAUGGCAUUAACAAAUAAUAUUCGACCAAAAAUUGAAUGUGUAUUUUCAUCUGAAACGGAUUGUUUUUCUACUGUUGCAAAUAAUGAAGCUGAUAUUGGUAUAGCACCAAUAUAUAAAUGGAAAAAUAUGGAAGCAUUACCAAUAAAAUUUAACAAUUCUGAUGUGAGGGCUAGGAAUGCAGCAUGUGCUCUAAAUAUUUUAUUAAAGCGAACAAACUGUGAUAAUAUGACUAUUGAAAAUGAUGUUGAAUAUGAAGAAUAUAUUCAAGUUAUAAUAUCAAAAGAUCGUCAUAAUUAUGGAACAGAUAAAUCAUUAUUGUGUUUGAAUUUAAUGUAUGAUAGACUUGGAAAUUAUAUAAUAUGCCAAUUGGAAAAAUACUUUCAAAAUGAUAACACAUACGGUUUGCAUGAAUAUGGAAUUGAAGAAUUUUAUGAUAUCCCUGAUGAACUUUACAAUUUAUUCGAAGAAAAUUUUAAUUAA